UGCUAUCAAAUCCAAAUCCUGCUGUUAGAGAAGAGAUCAUUGGAAAAAGUCAUGUCAGUACAGAUGGUAGCAUGCGCGAUAUCUGUGAUGGGGACUUUGUUAAGAAACAUCCAGUCUUUCGAGCACAUCCAGAUGGUUUACAGUUUUUACUGUAUCAUGAUGACAUUGAAGUUUGUAAUCCUCUCGGAACCAGUGCUGGAGUUCACAAGUUUGGUGUGUUUUACUAUAUAUAUACAUUGGGAAACAUAAGACCAGUGUUUCGAUCAUCGCUCCAAGCUAUUCAACUACUUGGAGUGGCUAAGUCAUCGGACAUGAAUCAGAGUGCACGUGAUAUCCUCCUCAGAAACUUUGUUCAAUGCAUGAAAUUGCUUUCAACAGAUGAAGGAUACAGGUUAGAGCUAGACUCAGGUGUGGUAGUACUUCAUGGAGCUGUCGUCUGUCUCUGUGGUGACAUACCUGCUAGUAAUUUUCUUGGAGGUUUUAAAAAAGGUGUUGGGUUUGCGCUACGGAAAUGCAGGCAGUGUCUUUGUUCGAAAGAAGAUUUAAAACAUAAUUUUCAUGUUGGUGCGUAUACCCUGAGAGACUCUCAUAGUCACAACCAUUACUGUCAGCUAGUGGAAAGUGAUGUGAAUGGAUGUUUGGGGUACUCAACUACGUAUGGAGUGAAUAAUGCGAGCAUUCUUCUGGACAUUCCAUUCUUUGAUGUCACCAAAUGUCUUCCGUACGACAUAAUGCACACAAUAUUUGAAGGUGUUGCUCCACGUCUCCUCAAAGAGCUUCUUGUUACUUUUAUCAAUAUCAAGAAGUACUUCACCUUGUCAGAGCUCAACCAAUCUCUUGCAUCCCACCAUUACGGAUAUUCAGAGCUUGACACCAAACCAAACACAAUUACUGGGUCGACGAUGGAGUAUCAUAUCAAACAGAAAGCUUCUCAGAUGAAAGCACUGAUCCGAUUAUUCCCGUUUAUCAUGGGGGGCUUUGUUCCAGAGGGCGAUGAACACUGGGGUCUUCUCCUAACUCUGUGGGAUAUCUGCACAAUGGUGACCGCAUUUGUGGUUACAGAGGCAGAUGCUUCUGAUCUGGCAUGGAAAGUAGAGUUGUUGCUAGAAACAUAUGUGCAACUCUAUCCAAACUCGCCCUAUGUUCCAAAGAUGCAUUAUCUUCUGCAUCUACCUGACGAACUAUUAAGAUUUGGUCAACCACGAAACACAUGGUGUAUGCGGUUUGAAUCCAAGAAUAAGGAGUUAAAAGGUUUCACCUCAAACUGCUUUAAGAAUGUCCCAUACAGUGUGAGUGUCCGACACCAGCAGAGGUAUUGUCACCUUCUAGCAGUGCGUCCUGGACAAGAGAUGUCAAAUUUCUUGUACAAAGGAGAUGAAGUAUCCUCAGGAAAAUCUGUCAUUUUGGACAAUGAUCUGGUAGCACCGGUUACACAACUGUGUGGAUUGGACCACCCUCAGCUGCCACUUGUUGCUUAUCGAAGGACCACCACCAGUAGUCCAGUAGUUUCCUUGCCCAAGGGACUAAUACAAUAAGGGCAUAAUAAACUAAAGGGACCCUGUGACUGUGAGUACCAUUAACUAAUCUAGCACAGAAGUAAUUAACCAGAAUGUGUGGGAUGGUUCAACAACAGUAGACUCACAGAGACAACACCUCCUUGCUCUUGAAGACCUCGUCGACUCCAGUUGCAACAAGCCUGGCACGCAAGGCUUGCACAAGUGCUCAAGACUACUCUUCACUAAUCCAGUCAAAAGCUACAGUUCCCUUGGCACACCUAUAGUUUAGUUAAAGCCUGAACUUACCAAUUCCAUGUGCAGUAGGCACAGAGUUAAGAUCCUAAAAAAGCUGUCAUAACAGAUUAGCAUAAGCAGCAGUUGUCUAACUAUAUUAUAGCUAGCUAUUCUAAUGAUCCUAGCUAUUAAACUAACUUAUAGUCUAUUGGA